GUCCGGAUUCCAUAGGCCUCUCUACUCAUUACCAAUCAUCUCUCUCAAAUCGGCGACGGCAAAAGUGAGCUCUGCUGUGGUGUCAGCCGUGUCGGUUUCCGGCCAUUAAUGGUGGAGUGGGUCCACAAUCUGAGGAAACUGGUGGCUGUUGUUGGAGACGGGACAAGGCUCGUUCGUUUAGUAUUUACGGGGAAGAGCCUCGUUCCUUCUGCCUUGGCGAGACAUUUGAGUUUUGUUUUGUUGCUUGGCAUUUGGAGCAAAAAUGGCGGACGAAAGUCGGGAGAGAUUUUUGAAGGAAGAGCAUUGCUACUACGAGAAUUGUCCUGGAUGUAAGAUGGAACGGCAUAAUCGGCUGCACCGCGGCUUUCCUUUCCGUCAUCUUCUUUUGAUUUCGCUUAUCGUUCUAGUCACUGGAUUGCCGAUAUCAAGUCUUUUCCCAUUCCUGUAUUUCAUGGUUCGGGAUUUUAACAUUGCAGAAAAAGUAGAAGAUAUUGGCUACUAUUCUGGUUUUAUCGGAGCUUCUUUCAUGAUUGGCAGACUGUUAACGUCUGUUUUCUGGGGAAUCGUGGCUGAUCGCUAUGGUCGAAAACCUGUUAUUCUUUUUGGAAUUAUUUCACUGAUUAUAUUCAACACCCUAUUUGGCCUCAGUUUAAAUUACUGGAUGGCUGUUAUCACCAGGUUUCUUCUUGGAAGCUUAAAUGGCAUACUUGGACCAAUAAAGGCAUAUGCAAUUGAAAGUGUUGGUGUAGAAUAUCAAGCUAUAGCUAUAUCAUCUAUUAGUACGACAUGGGGAGUUUCAUUGAUAUUAGGCCCGGCUAUAGGAGGGUAUCUUGCACAGCCAGCAGAGAAAUUUCCUAGCAUUUUCUCCAGUGAGGGUCUUUUUGGGAGAUUUCCUUACUUCCUGCCCUGUCUUUGUACGUCAGUCCUUGCUGUAGCUACAGGAAUAAUCUCUCUCUGGCUUCCGGAAUCGCUACACAGUCACGAUGAGAAUGUUCCAUCACCUUCUAGAACAUAUGAAGCUCUGGAAGAUCAACCUGGUGAUUGUGACGGAAAGGAAGCGACCCAAACAAACGAACAAAAUGAAAUGCCUUCUAAGUCGAGUCUCUUCAAGAAUUGGGAGUUAAUGUCAGCAAUCGUUGUUUAUUGCAUGUUCUCACUUCAUGAUAUGGCGUAUGUAGAGAUAUUUUCACUCUGGGCUGUCAGUUCUCGUCAGCUUGGUGGUUUGAGCUUUACAUCUGGGGAUGUCGGAGAAGUCCUUGCCAUCACAGGUUUCAGCGUUUUUGUGUUUCAAUCUUCUUUAUACCCAUCUGUGGAGAGGAUAUUUGGACCUAUAAUGGUAUCUCGUAUUUGUGGGAUAUUGUCUAUCCCUCUGCUGGCAAUGUAUCCAUUUUUGUCUCUGUUGUCAGGACCUGUCCUUCACAUUGUAGUAACUCUUACAUCAGCCUUGAAGAAUCUUCUCUCUGUCUCCAUUAUAACUGGUAUGUUCAUCAUACAAAACAGAGCCGUGGGUCAACGCCAAAGAGGGGCUGCUAAUGGCAUUGCUAUGACAGCAGUGUCUGUUUUCAAGGCAAUUGGCCCAGCUGCAGGAGGUGCAAUACUCUCUUGGUCACAGAAGCGUCAAAAUGCAGCUUUUCUCCCAGGUUCCCAUAUGAUUUUCUUCAUUCUAAAUGUGAUCGAAGCCCUUGGAGCGUUGUUGACAUUCAAACCAUUUCUUGUUCAACAUCAAACCUAAAUCAAAGUUGAACUAUAAUAAGCGAAAUGCUCAAACAAAUAGCUAUGUCAAAUUCUCGACUUCGUCGUCGAUGAUUCAUAAAAAGGUCCUAUGAACUCUCCAUACUCGUGCCUUCCUAACCGAAUUGAGCACAUGUAUCAAUUUUCUUUUGAGUCAUAGGGCUCAUUUGCAUAGUUCUUGAUUGGCACCUUAUCAAGUCUGUUUCCUUGAAUAACUACAAGAUGUAGGUUUAUUUAUGAUAUAUAUAUAUAUAUGUAUAUGUACCCUUGAAAUCUGUUAGGUACUUCAUUUC